UCCUCAGCUCAACACACACAUCCAUUGUGCACACAAACCGGGCUCUCACACUCUCUCUCGCGCGCGCGCACACACACGCGCACACACACACGCUUCACAUCCACACUGCGCGCAGCAUCGACCGUGGCUCCUUUAAGAAAAAGGCAGAAUUGUCACCCCACCUCCUCUUCUUCAUCUCCUCUUUUUGCAUAAGAAAAUCAAGCCGGGAAGAAGAGAGUGAUCACAGAAAAGGCAGAGGAGAAGCUGCUCGGCUUUUUAACUCCAUUAGCGCGGACCGGACCAUCCUUCAUCCGCUACUUUUGACUGACAGCAGGGGAGCCGACAUGAGCGCCGCCGCCUUGCUCUGAGGGACUAUUUUGCUUUGGUUUUCUUCCCCUCUGUAAGGACCGGGAGCGCGGUGCCACUUCUCCCGAGGAUCUUCCCCCGCCGCGCGGUGCUCAACCGGAGCGCGCACACACCGAGAGAGAGCGGGGCUGCUCUGCGGACGCGCUCGGAAAAAAGGCGGAUUUCUCUCUUCUUUUUUUUUUUUUUUUUUGCUUGAAACGUCCUGAUUCUUUUGGAAUUUCCUUUCUUGGUUUCCACGCUGGAAUCGCAGGAGAUUAAUCUCAAGUGAAAGGGACGACCAGGGAGUGCAGGGUUAUGGCGCAGCGGUACGAAGACCUGCCCCACUACGGGAUGGACGGGGUGGGCAUCCCGACCACCAUGUACGGAGACCCGCACGGAGCCCGCUCCAUGCAGGCGGUGCACCUCAACCAUGGACCCCAGCUCCACUCCCACCAGUACCCGCACACCGCCCACACCAACACCAUGCCUCCCAGCAUGGGCUCGUCGGUCAACGACGCUCUCAAGAGAGACAAAGACGCAAUAUACGGGCACCCCCUGUUCCCCUUGCUUGCACUGAUUUUCGAGAAAUGUGAAUUAGCGACGUGCACCCCCAGAGAGCCCGGGGUGGCGGGAGGAGACGUCUGUUCGUCGGAAUCGUUCAAUGAAGAUAUAGCUGUGUUUGCCAAACAGAUUCGGGCAGAGAAGCCUUUAUUCUCCUCGAACCCAGAGUUGGACAACCUGAUGAUUCAAGCCAUUCAAGUGUUACGAUUCCACCUGCUGGAGCUGGAGAAGGUACACGAGCUGUGUGAUAAUUUCUGUCAUCGGUACAUCAGCUGCUUGAAAGGAAAGAUGCCCAUCGACUUGGUGAUCGACGACAGAGAGGGAGGAUCCAAAUCAGACAGCGAGGAAAUCACGAGAUCUUCGGUGGCUCUAGAUCAGACGUCCUGGAACAGGGAUCACGACGACACGGCGUCCACGCGCUCCGGAGGCACGCCGGGACCGUCCAGCGGAGGACACACGUCGCACAGUGGAGACAACAGCAGCGAACAAGGUGACGGCCUGGACAACAGCGUGGCUUCACCGAGCACGGGAGACGAUGACGACCCCGACAAAGAAAAGAAACGCAACAAGAAGAGGGGGAUCUUCCCAAAAGUGGCCACCAACAUCAUGAGAGCGUGGCUCUUCCAGCACCUAACGCAUCCUUACCCUUCAGAGGAACAGAAGAAGCAGCUGGCGCAAGACACCGGCCUCACCAUCCUACAAGUCAACAACUGGUUCAUAAACGCCAGGAGGAGAAUAGUCCAGCCGAUGAUCGACCAGUCCAACCGAGCAGGCAAGUCUCCUCUUGUUGCCCUCCUCAGGUCUCAGUCCCCGGCUCCUGCUGCCGGCGAAUACUCCACUGAUACUGGAAUGUCUCGCAGCGCCGAAGCUUUUCCUGACUGAUACUCAGUUCUAAACAAAACAUUGACAGUCAGUCACUAAUGUGCUUUGAUGUGGGGAAAAAGAACUGUUAAUUGGGAAAUGAAACAGAAGCGAUUGAACCGGCGAACAAAACAGGCUGUGUUGGGGCUGAACCCCGCCGCCCUCCCCCACGGAGAACGACGCGGUUUCUUUUUUUGGGUGACCGUUGUUUGGCUUCUUGGCUCGACUCCCCGCCCUUGUUUUCUCAGUCCAACUUGUCCCCAUUUGUGGCUGUUUCAGGGAGCAGGCGGGGGGGUCCCCCUGGUGCACGGCUUGGUUUGGACUGCUGUAAACUUUAUUACCUGUAAUAGGGGUCAGAGGUCGGGGUGGCAUUAGGGGCGCAGUAAAGUUCAAAGGCAUUCAGUGGGGCCGGGGUCUCGCUUUGGCUCAGCUGACCCCCAAACGGCCUAAAUGGAAGACGAGGGGAUUUCUAGGGGAGCAAAACAAUGGAGGCAAAUAAGGAGCCGCUCAGGUUUCACGUAUCGUCAGCGCUCACUUAGAGCCGCUAUUUAUUAGACCAGGGAGUUCAAGGACUGUGCUGCAGAGUCCAUCAGGUGCUUCGGAAAAGUCUGUGACAUCUGCGAUAUGUUCACGUAGCAGUGUCCAGGAGCGCCUGAACACAUGAGCGCGUUUGUCUGUGAAGAAGAAGACGAAGUUACGACUUUGAAAUCAACACAGCAUGUGGCGGCUCGUCUCGUGGAAUCAAAGAUGGCGGAGGAUGUUUGCGUCGAGUGUUAAAAGUGCUUUAGCUUGUAGCAACUUUGGGCCCCUCCAGAGACCAAAAUGAAAGUCCAGUGCUGGACAGCUCAGAGACGUGAAUCUCGAAUUGCUUCAGACGGCUGUGAACACGGAUUCGAUGUGUGUUCAACAUCGCUGGGGGCUACUUCAUAAUCUGAUUUAUAUCCACUUGAGCUUUGUAUUCAUGCCUUCACAGUAACUGCUAUGACCUGCACCAGUGCUUCAAACUGCUGGAGUUAGAACUAGAGGAAGCCAGUGAGUGUGAUUAUCUACUGUGGAUUUAGUGGAAGUAGGAAGCAAUAUGAGCCUUUGUAAAUGACUCUUUGCAAAUCCAGUCUUGGAAAACGUUCCUGGGUGUGAUCUGGAAAACACACUUGAGUGGUGGAAACAUGUCAUACAGUCAAGAAGCUGCAAUGAAGGUCACGUCCAGAGACGUGUCAAUCAAGCCCAUGAUGUGUCCCAUAGAUGUUUGAUCUGUGGACAUUCACAGUUUGUUUUCCACCUCUCUCCACCUACGUUCAGUGUGUGAACAUCAUGCGUGCAACUUUUGCACUUCUCAGGUUUGUUUGACCUGAAACAGCCGCCAGAUAUGAAAAUAUCAGAACACAGUUAUUGGGGACAAAGGCGCCUCAGCUAGACGUCCCAAAAUAGUCCUUCCAGUUGGACGGAGUCCGGGUUUUAAACAAAAGUCCUUGUGUGCGUCUCUGUCGGGAAGAUCCCUAUUAGAGCAUGUGGGCGCAUUAAAGCCGACCAGGAGCUUACGGAGCCGCGCCGGCUCUGCAGACACGGAGCGACUGCCUGUGCGUGCACCCACCAGCAGAUGAUCCCACUCUGGCCACUGAGUCUUAAUUAAAAGCACUAAUUGACCACUCCCCCCCCCCCCCGACUCCGUCUCUGUCCACAGUAAGUCAAGGAGCGCCCUACAACCCAGAUGGCCAGCCCAUGGGGGGCUUCGUCAUGGACGGCCAGCAGCACAUGGGAAUCAGACCACCUGGUCCGAUGGGUGGCAUGGGCAUGAACAUGGGCAUGGAAGGUCAAUGGCACUACAUGUAGCCCCGCCCACAUCCGAGGGAUCGCAACACAAAGAGGAAU